AUGUUCCGCUGGUAUCAAAACGCAAAGAAGUGUUACGUCUACCUUCCAGACGUCGAGUGCAACACUCCUAAUGCGGAAAGUGAAUCAAGCUGGAGGUGGAAGCCAACCUUCAGGAAGAGCAACCGAAACCAGGAGGAGAGGCUUAGCAAGAUCUGCAGCUGGCUUUCGGCACCUGACCCGUCCACAAACUAUCAUAAAGCGUACAAGCAGCGGCAGGCUAAGACUGGGUUCUGGCUACUAGAAAGCGCAAAGUUCACAAAAUGGAAGGAGAGCGCAGCGUCCCGGCUAUGGCUGUACGGGAUUCCAGGAUGUGGAAAGACUAUCCUGAGCUCCACUAUCAUCGAGCAUCUACUGCACCACUGCCGUGAUGACACUCGUAUGGUAGCGGCGUACUUCUACUUUGACUUCAACGAUGCACAGAAACAGGAUCCAGAGCUUAUGCUGCGCUCGCUGCUAUGCCAGUCCCUCCAGCGUUCAGUCGUGAUACCUAAGGGCGUUGACGCGUUGUUUUUAUCUUGCGAGAACGGACUACGAAAGCCAUCGUUGCAUGCACUCCUCGACCAUAGGUUUCGAUGGGCUGUGUGUCAGCUGGACACACUAGGAAAGUGUUGCAAUCGAGCAAUGUUGCGGAAAUCUCUUGCCACUCUACCGCGGACGCUAGACCAGACAUACGACCGCAUCCUCUCCGCGAUAAGCGAGGAAUAUUCUGAGUAUGCGAUGCGCAUCCUGCAGUGGCUGACGUUCUCUGAGCGACCGCUAUCUGUCGAAGAGAUCGCCGAAGUCGUCGCUAUCGACGUGGCGCGCGACCCAGCGUUCGACCGUGAUGAGGUGCUAGAAGACCCGCUAGAAGCGCUGGACAUUUGCUCUAGUCUAGUCACUAUCACGAAAAACGAAGCGGGCGGAAGAUUAAGGCCUGCCCAACAGAUCAUCGCUCUAGCACACUACUCAGUGCAGGAGUAUCUUGUGUCAGAUAGGAUCAAACAAGGGGAAGAGCCUGCAUAUCUCAACUGGAUUCGGUUGCAUGAUCCAGACCGCACAUGGGAGGGGCGAAAUCUGGGAAAAAAGCUUGAUUGCAUACCUAUGCCGCUUUACUACGUAGCAUUGUUAGGCUUUAGUACAGUCACAAGACUGCUGCUCGACAAGGGUGCCGAGGUGAACGCGCAGGGUGGAGGCUACGGCAACGCACUGCAGGCAGCUUCAGCUGGAGGUUACGAGCAAGUAGUCAAGACACUGCUCAACGCGGGCGCCGAGGUGAACGCGCAGGGUGGGCGCCACGGCAACGCACUGCAGGCAGCUUCAGCUGAAGGCCACAAGCAGGUAGUUAAGACACUGCUCGACAAGGGCGCCGAGGUGAACGCACAAGGUGGACAUUACGGCAACGCACUGCAGGCAGCUUCAAGGAAAGACCACGAGCAGGUAGUCAAGACGCUGCUCGACCAGGGCGCCGAGGUGAACGCACAAGGUGGAUACUACGGCAACGCACUGCAGGCAGCUUCAGCUAGAGGCCACAAGCAGGUAGUUAAGACACUGCUCGACAAGGGCGCCGAGGUGAACGCACAAGGUGGACAUUACGGCAACGCACUGCAGGCAGCUUCAAGGAAAGACCACGAGCAGGUAGUCAAGACGCUGCUCGACCAGGGCGCCGAGGUGAACGCGCAGGGUGGAGAGUACGGCAAUGCACUAUACGCAGCUUCAUGGAGAGGCCACGAGCAGGUAGUCAAGACACUGCUCGACGCGGGCGCUAAGGUCAACGCGCAGGGUGGAGAGUACGGCAAUGCACUAUACGCAGCUUCAUGGGGAGGCCACGAGCAGGUAGUCAAGAUGCUACUUAACAAGGGCGCUGAAGUUGACGGGCAGGGUAGAUACUACGGCAAUGCACUGCAGGCAGCUUCACACAGAGGCCACGAGCAGAUAGUCCAGAUGCUGCUCAACGCGGGCGCCGAGGUGAACGCGCAGGGUGGAGGCUACGGCAACGCACUGCAGGCAGCUUCAGCUGAAGGCCACGAGCAGGUAGUCAAGAUGCUGCUCGACGCGGGCGCCGAGGUCAACGCGCAGGGUGGACAGUACGGCAACGCACUGCAGGCAGCUUUAGCUGAAGGCCACGAGCAGGUAGUCAAGAUGCUGCUCGACGCGGGCGCCGAGGUCAACGCGCAGGGUGGACAGUACGGCAACGCACUGCAGGCAGCUUUAGCUGGAGGUUACGAACAGGUAGUCAAGACGCUGCUUGAUGCGGGUGCUCAUCAACAUUAG